AGCAUUUUUAUUUUGUGUGUGUGUGUGUGUGCGUGCGUCUCUGUGUGUGUGCGUGUAUGUGCGCGCUGCGACCAGGUUGGGCUCCACAUCGCCUCCAUCUCUUCCCACAGCGCGGAUGAAGAAGAUCUUGUGAAACUGCCUUUUACAUAUUAUUCUCGUGUGUAACAUAUUUCCGUCCGGGGUCCUGGAUUUACACAGAGGAGGAGCGGGGACCCGAUCAUCCGUCGUUCUCUUGGCACCAGGGAGCACGUGACCCCGGAGAUGAACAAGCUUCGUCAGAGCCUGAGGAGGAAGAAGCCCACGUAUGUGCCGGAGGCCAGCAGACCGCAUCAGUGGCAGGCUGACGAGGAGGCUGUACGAAAGGGCAAAUGUAACUUCCCUGUUCGGUACCUGGGGUUGGUUGAGGUGGAGGAGUCGAGAGGGAUGCAUGUGUGCGAGGAGGCAGUGAAGAAGCUAAAAGUUAGCGGGAAGAAGACAGUCAAGGCAGUGUUGUGGGUUUCAGCUGAUGGACUCAGGGUGGUGGAUGACAAAACUAAGGACCUCAUUGUGGACCAGACCAUAGAGAAGGUUUCAUUCUGCGCUCCUGAUCGUAACUAUGACAAGGCCUUCUCCUACAUCUGCAGAGACGGUACUACCAGACGGUGGAUGUGCCACUGCUUCAUGGCUCUCAAAGACUCGGGAGAGAGACUGAGCCAUGCAGUUGGCUGUGCCUUCGCCGCCUGUCUGGAGAGGAAGCAGCGCAGGGAGAAGGAGUGCGGCGUGACGGCUUCCUUUGACGCCAGUCGCACCUCGUUUGUGCGUGAGGGCUCCUUCCGCGCCAACUCCUCCUGCAGCCAGCAGGGCAGCAGCAGCGAGCGAGAUGACAAGCUGCCGGACAAGAAGAAGGAGCAACCUUGUGUAAUCCCAGCCCUCCCACCUGGCACCGCCUCCCCACCCGAGGGUGCGGCGUCCCCUAUGGAGCGGCCAGAGCCUGGCGGGCCUCACGCCAUCCCUCGCCGCCACGCUCCCAUCGAGCAGCUGGUGCGCCAAGGCUCGUUCCGAGGAUUCCCCGCCCUCAGCCAGAAGAACUCUCCGUUCAAGAGGCAGCUGUCACUCCGCCUCAACGACCUGCCAUCAACUCUGCAACGCAAGACUGAUUUCCAGGCCAAGAACCCUGAGAUGGAUAUGGGGCUGCCAGGUGAGGGAGACAGCAGUAUUAACGCCCUGUGUUGCCAGAUCAACACCUCCUUCACCAAACCAUCGGAUGAGCUUUUCUCCAACCCCUCUUUGUCUACAAAUGGCCCUCCAACCUGCACUGUGCCCCCUGUCCUGCCUCCGCCACCUGCACCAAUGCAGGCCACUUCAUCCUGGGUGCAACCAGAGCCUCCACUCCACUCUCCUCCUCCGGUUUCUGCGGCGAUGCAAAUGCAGAGUGGACACAGGCGCACACCCUCCGAGGCUGAGAGAUGGCUGGAGGAGGUCUCCAAGGCUGUCAAGGCACAACAGACCCCACCCCCAGGGCCCACCAUCCCCACCAUCCCUGGACCACCUUCCAUGUCGAGUCAGCAGAUGUCCAGUCAGGCAGCCAUAUCAGCCGCCCCAAUGUCCACUGUCCCUCUGCCCCUUGGCACCAUUUCCAAGCCUCUCAUCUCGGGCCCCUCUGCUCUCUCAAAUCAGGCCCCGAUGCCCCUCCCACCCAUGUCAAUAUCAUCAGUUCCUCUAAUACCAGGCCCUCCAGUGUCAGGCCCCCCUAUGUCUCUACCUUCCAUGUCCAUUCCGACGAUGUCCGGUCCGAGCAUGUCUGGGGCCCCCAUGAUCCAGCCUUCUCUUCCCGGGCCCCCAGGCUCCCUUCCAAGCUCCAUGCAGCCCUUCCCCUUGGCUUUCGAUGCCACUCCAGCCCCUGUUGGAAUGUUUGCCAGCCAGCCUGUCCAACCUGCAUUCGUGCCCAUGCAGACCUACAUGCCAGGCCUGGCCAGCAGUAUGACCUAUCCCAAUGCCAGCGUGCCUGUGGUGGGCAUCACACCAUCACAAAUGGUGGCCAAUGUCUUCUGCACCGCUACAGGCUCAUCUGGUGCAGGUGGAGCCAUGGGCUCGGCUGGAGGAGCACCCAAAGUGGGAGCACUUGGAACAGUCGGGCCGCACCAUUGUCACCCAGGAGCACCUGGUGCAAUUGGGCACGCUGGAGGGUUUUCCACACCGCCAUUCUCUUCCACUCCGCCACUAUCAACAGCCAUUAAUGGCCUCCCACCACACAGCAGCAUCAUGAUGGACCUCCAGAAUGGGACCAACAGUGGUGGCAACGGUGGCAGCAGUAGCAGCUGGCCGCCAGAGGGCAGCCAGCUUACGGCUCCAGCAGCCAGUGACAGCCAAGACGAUGAUCGUUUUGAGGCCAAGUGGGCAGCGCUGGAGGCCAAACCAGCGCCUCAGCAGCCAGGGAAUAAGGCACCAGCUGCAGCAGCCAACCCAUUUUCCAACAAUCUUCAAAAGACUUUUGAGAUUGAGCUUUAAGCCAGAGUUGGCAUCCAAAAGCGGUAGCUCUAGUCCUGGAGUUAAAGCCUGAGAAAGCCGGGCACUUAUUCCAGCAUCUCUGCUUAGAACAGGAUGCUGGCCCUUAAAGUUAGCCUAGCAUCUGACCUGUGGCAGCCUAGCAACAUGCUAAAAGCUCUCAUUGGAGUUACGAUGAUCUUAAUUGCUUUCUUUACACUCCCACGAGAGCUUGGGAGGUAGUUGGCAGAUUGCUGGGCUGCCACUGGAGGAUCGGGUCUCUAGCUCACUAGACUUGAUGGACUGAAUCCUUCCGCUCCAUCUGCAAUCCACUUCCCUGCUUUCACUUCUCCACUCUGGCUUUACUUUACCUGCUGCAAGUCCCUGGAUGUACUGUAUGUGCCCCCUGAGGACGCUGUGGGGGACACAGCUCAGUGGUUUCUUUCUUCAAAAGGGGACUCCACUCGGUUGCAUUCCAAGCCCGUGAGAUGUUUCCUUUUUCUGGUGGAGAUCUUGGUGGAGAAUUUAGCGGAUAUGGCUACCUUACAAGACAUGUGGAGAAGCAGAGGAGUGAACUGUUGACUCGUGAUCAGACUGAUGCUGAUCUUAGCCAAGCACAGCAAAAGUUUGGAUACCUGAAAGGACUAGCCAAUGAUGUAAGACCCAACUCUACCAAUUCAAAAGGACUUACUGACUAAUAGUAGAGAUUUAUGGCCAAAAUUAUUUUAUUUAUUGUAUUUCAUUUUUUUAUUUUAGCAAGUCAUAUAUGCUUAAAAAACACAUUUUUAAAGCAGCGUUUCAGGAGCGUUUUACAUCCCCUAUAUUUAUUUUUGUUGAAACGUAAAGAGGAGGGAAACCACAGGUAGCAGACAGGUAACAGAUUUGACUGGGCAGCAGUAGAGGGAAACUGAGUCAUGUGACAGGAACCAAACAGCAAGGGCCGACAGUGCAGCGGCGUGUCGUGCAACAUGUGAGACAGGAAGUGUAUAUAGCGGCAUGUUUCUUCCGUUAGCCCUCACGUAUGUACACUCCAUUGCUGGUGAGGCCAGUUGAGUCACUAUGGCUUCUCUUUGGCUCUGUAGCCCAUUUCUCUUGCUAAAGCCCCCCCAUAACGGGUUACUGGGACAUGAAAAAUCGCUUCAGGAUAUCCAGCACACGGACACUCUGGACAAUACAGCACAAUAGUCCUUUGGACUCCAUGUUCUCCAGACAAAUCCAAGGAACUUCACAACUCAGUGGAAAAAAAAACACUCUACAACACUGUGCAACUGCUUGAAAAAAUGAUGCACUACAUUCCAACAUU